AUGCCCGCCACAAACCUGCCGGAGCAUUGUGCACGAGGUGUAGCAAGCGCGGACUUCAAUGUCGGUUCGAUUCGCAUUUCAAAAGAAUUCCAACAAGAAAGUUAUAUCGUGGAGGCCAUCACCAACUGCAUUGAUCCCCAGCAGCCACUUUUCAGCGAUUCAACAAACGCGGGAGCGCAUUCUCAUACAAACCAGUCGACACUGUCACAAGCACCCGACCUGCCGUCCUCGGCCUGCACACGGCCCUCUAGUCCUUCCUCUCAUACCGACUCUCAAUACUCUACUUACAGUGCCGGCACCACUCAAGAUGAUAUCGCAAUUGGUGUCGACGAAUUUGCCGGGGGCGGUGAGGCCUGGCUGCAGCUUAAAGCUGUCGACAUACCCUCUAGUUACCAGCUUGGAAGUCUGAGCGUGAACAAUACAGUGGCACUAGAGCUCUUUCAACACUUUGAUAGGUACUACCGUCCGCACGCCAAGUUCUUGAGACCCAUACAGCACGAGACCAUGCUCUCGGCGAUCUUUGUCUGUGCCCCACUCACUAUCGAGAUGAUGCAUGCUCUCCUUUGCCUUUGCUUAUGGCCAGUCCCCAAAGUCCGCCUUUGGCAAGACUUAUCAUGGGGGUAUAUAGGUCUUGUUGUGAACUCAGCCAUGGGGCUCAACUGUCACCUGCCAUCAAACCCGCUCCUCAAUGCACAGUUGAAGAGAAAUUCUAGCCGCCGCGCCGUGCCAAACAUAGACGCUGCUGUCAGGGAUACUACUUGGCUUGCCUGCUUUGACAUAAGCACUCGACUUAGCGAGUUCUUGGGAUUUCCGUCCUCAUUCUCGUCCAAAUACCAUCUAAGCUGCAUAUCCCGUGCUCGAGACCGAGCAUUAAAGCUUCUGGGCCCGUCAGGCCACAUGAUAUUAGAAAUUCGUCGGCUCAGCUUGACUUCGAUGGCCAAGCUCGACAUGGUCACAGACUCCGCACUUCACUUUUCCCAGACACAAAGCAGCAUCAGCGAGUUGGAGCUACUGAGAAGGUCAGACCAAAAACCCUGGAGUCCCGAGACUGAACUCACUUUACAGGGCACAAAACUAUACUUAUAUGCCAUGACACUUCUAUUGCCUCCCCCAAAGGACCCCGUCAUAGCUCAGCAAGCGGCCUCUAAUCGGGACGCGGUAUUGAUCAGUGGAUUAAUGUGUGCUUCGACAAUGAUAUCAGAUAUGCUCCAGCAAAUCUAUGAUCAACCUAAUCAAGGUUCAGACAAGAAUACUUGCAGUGCAGCGUUCUGGCCAAAGACGCAAAUCAGCUAUAUGUUCUUCGCCGCCACAUUUAUUUUUCGCGUUCUUCUCUCACAUUCGAGUCUAACACCGCAGGAUAUAACCCUUGCUAUGUCACGCCUUGCAGAUGCACACGCGAUUUCCAGAAUGGAACCGUUACAUCCAGAUCGCACACGUGCUGCUGAGAUCAUUCAACGGUUGAUAGAAGUUGCGCGCGGUAACAUGAUCGAAGACUCUGGCGAAAAUGACCCCAAGUACUCACUCCCGAGGGGCCUUCUUGUCACUGGCCGCUUGGGGGCAUCAGUCAUGUUUGAUGCCGUCCUGCGGUCUGUACACCACCAGAGACAAAAGGCGCAGAGUCGAAAGUCUCAUUCAUUAAAUGAAGCUGGUAUACCUCAAACCCUUGCGCCUAUCUCUGGCACGGAGGUCCCCGCAGGCGGGGAAGGUAGUUCAAAUAUCGGGCUGAUAGGGUACCGUCAAUCUGUAGAAACCCAUGGAAAUGCACCCGACGGCUCAGGUGGAAUCGGCUUUGGCGACAAUUUUAAUUUCGGAUUCGUGGAUGCGUAUGAGUAUAUUAUGAGCACCGACUCAUCUUUUAUGCUUGAUGGCCUGGAGGACCCAGGCGGCAGGACCUGGUAA